AAAAUAGUCCUUCCUAAACCGGCCAACCAAACGACCCCGUUUAUGUGUCGUACGUAUUAACACGCUAUAUAUAAUACUUAGGAUCCCGAGAGAAUUGAGAAGCAGGCAUGGUUGAAGAAGUAUCAGAAAGGGUGAUGGGUGAUUGUUCAACCUCUUCCAUGUCGUCUAAUUUGAGUGAGGUUUUUCACUUCUCAUCUGGAAACCCUCGCAUCGAAGAAACAAGAGGAAUCAUGCAUCUCUUCUCCAACAACCACCUUUCUUCUCACUUGCCUGUGGACAGAAAGCAGCUCCUUUGUGUGCUCUUUGUUCCGAAUCACAUGACGUAUGCGGACUUUUGUCAGUUUUGUGGUUCAUUUAUUCAACAUAUGUUGGAAAUGCGAAUUGUCAGGAACGAUGGAAUGGAAGAUUGUUACAGUAUAUUAAUCAGGUUUGAUGAGCAGAAAGCUGCUGAUACAUUUCACAAGCAUUUUAAUGGUAGAAAAUUUUCAUCUCUUGAGGAAGAGACGUGCAAUGUCCUUUUUGCUGCUGAUGUUCAUUACACUGGUUCAAUUGAACAUACACAGUCCACACCUGCAAGCUCUACAGAGCAACCGUUCUGCGCUGUUUGUCUUGAGAGACUGGACCAGGAUACAAGUGGAAUUCUUACAACCAUUUGUAAUCAUUCCUUUCAUUGUUCAUGUAUUUCAAAAUGGACAGAUUCUUCAUGCCCUGUAUGCCGAUAUUGCCAGCAGCAGCCUGGAAACUCAACAUGUUCUGUCUGUCAAUCACCAGAAAAUCUGUGGAUGUGUGUUAUUUGUGGUUUUGUUGGAUGUGGAAGAUACAAAGAAGCUCAUGCUACAAGGCAUUGGAAGGAGACACAACAUUGCUAUGCACUUGAAUUGGAAACUCGGCGUGUCUGGGACUAUGCAGGGGACAACUAUGUUCACCGUUUGAUUCAGUCUAAAACUGAUGGGAAGCUGGUUGAGCUCAACCACCAUUGUCAUCAUGAUAAUGAUGGCUGCUGCGGCUGCGAAUGCGGUGCAGAUCCUGAAUUCAGUGAAACUAUUUUAAACAGCAAAGUUGAAGCUAUUGUAAACGAGUACAAUGAGCUCCUAACUUCCCAACUGGAGGACCAAAAAAUGUACUUUGAGUCCUUAUUGCAAGAGGUUGAGGAAGAAAUUGCAAGGGAAACUAAGGAAGCUGUUGAGAAAGCUCUAUGCCAGAAUCAAAGGUUAACGAAGUUAAAAGUUCGCUUGGACAAAUGCAUUGAAGAGAAGAAAUUUCAUGAUGAUAUCAGUGACAAUCUUACGAAAAACAAGGAGAUAUGGGAAGCCAAGAUACUGGAAAUUGAAGAAAGGGAGAAGAGGGCGCUAAAAAUGAAGGAUGAGAAGAUAUCCGAAUUGGAGGAAGAGAUUGCGACUUUGAUGGCAUCCAUCGAAACAUAAGAUGCAUUUAAAAGGGAUGCCAUAGUCAAAUGAUGAAAUGAAGGAUAAGAUCAGCUUCAAUAUCAGACAAUUCCAUUGGAUUGACAAGCCUACCUGUAUUUGAUGCCUCUGGAAAGAGCAGUGACAACGAGGCCUCGAAGUCAAGUGUCAGGAAAAGCAAUCGGGGUUCCUUGAAUAGAGUAUGAGUAAUAGGCGCUGUCCAGAAAACUCUUGUGCAACCACCUCAAUUAAAAGUGGUUACAGAUUUUUGACGGUGAUUUUAUUAACCUUCUUUUAGUCUUGAGUGUCAAUUUUCGGCCUGUUUGUUUCAAUGAGUAGCUGAUUUGAUAUUUUAAA